GUAUCUGUCGUCUUAAUCGUCGAACUUUACUCUAUCGCGGCCCGCGGACGUCUCUUCGUGCACUGUUUAAACUACGACGGCCGCGUAGCACGAGACAAAGUCAGACAAAAACUUGGUCUCUCGAUAAAAUCAUCACUCAAUAAUAAUAAUCUUAAUUACCGAAAAAAUAUUUGUUUAAAUUGCCACCGUCGCACAACACGAGUUUCUAAAAUGUCAAUAUUAUAAUACUGCUGCUACUCACCACAUCUCUGCUCCAGAUGUCAACUGCUGUUUUUGUCUUUAUUUCGGCCGAGUUCAUAAUAAUAUCAUAAUAUCUCCGUCGUCGGCCGGCUGCAGAUCGCCGUACGAAUGCGAAUUUAUUCGAUUGCAAUAAGUGGACGUUUAAUGACCAUCGUCCGAUAGAGAGGAAAACACCGACGGGCCUGUCAAUUCCAUCACACUGCAGCAGACACUAACGAGCAGAUACGGUUUUAAUUGUUGUGAAAUUCCUACCACGAUGGAUAGGAAUAACAGAAUAUACAACUUUGGUCCAGACGGCCGAGACGCGUGUUGGGCUGCAUUGUCUAAUUCGUGGAGCCGUUGUCAGUAUCAGCAAGACCUUAACACAAUGACAGUCUCAUGUGAUAGUACAUCAUCGAGUGAUGCCGGAGAUCACAAGUCCAAAGAUAUAUCAAUAUCAGUUACUUCGAGGUCGGUCAGUUCAUGUAGGUCAAUCAAAAAAACUAGCGUCUUGCAGACGUCGCUGUCUCCGAGGCCAAAACCACAACCAUCAUCUUCACCGAGAACCCCCAAACCCAAAUCAUUUAAACAGUUAGACACACAACAACAGCUGAAAUCGGCCAACAGUCGGCUUUCCAGUUCGGUAGAGGUUAUAAAGCAAGUGAUUUCGGAACCACCAUCAACUAAUGAUCAGUGCAACUGCAGCCAAUCUGGAUAUUCGGAACUGUCCGUCGUCAACAGCGUCAUAAGCAACAACAAUAACAACAACGAUGACAAAAGCACCCAUAAUUUAGGGUCUAUGGAAACUGUUGACGUUGUCAACCAGAAGCAACAGCAACUGAUGUGCGCUGAUAACUCCGGAUCUUCGGUAGACAUUACAGAACCAACCACCGUUUACUCCGAGAAGCCAGUAAUAAUAUUACAGAACGAAUGUGGCGACCACAUUGUAUCUGUGUCUAGUCCGUCGACUCCGUCCACUACUAACGAGCAGCAAAUCGAGAAUGCACAGCAAAGUAAAGGUGAAAACGUUUCAUCCGUUUCCUCUGAGUUGGUUCAGUCAACUGCCAACAAGCAGCUAACCGAAAGUGCACAGCAAAGUGAAGGUGAAAACGUUUCAUCCGUUUCCUCUGAGUUGGUUCAGUCAACUGCCAACAAGCAGCCAAUCGAAAGUGCACAGCAGAUCGAAGAUAAAAACGUUUCAUCCGUUUCUUCUAUAUUGAUUCUGUCCACUGCCAACAAGCAACCAUUCAAGAGUACACAGCAGAUCGAAGGUGAAAAUGUUUCAUCCGUGUCCUGUCCACUGACUCCGUCCACUACCGUCGACCAGCAAUUCAAGAGUGUACUGCAAGUCGAAGGUGACAACGUUUCAUCCAUGUACAAUCCACUAUCUUCAUCCAUUACUAUCGAGCAGCAAAUUGAGAGUGUACAGAAUAUUGAAGUCGAAAACGUUUCAUCCGUCUCCUGUCAACUAACUAUGUCUACUGCCGUAGAGCAGCAAAUUAAUAGUGAACAGCAGAUCAAAAGCGAUCCGGUAUUAUCCGUGUCCAGUCUACUGUUUCCGUCCAUGGCCGCCGAAAACUUGAUGAUGCCGGAAGUCACUAACGUCGAGAACCUAACAGCCCUUAAAGUUGUUAUGUCGUCGUCACAGCUGCAGCCACUGCACGAAGAUGACGAUGAGUGUCCCGUUCAAUCAAAUACUGAAAUUAUGGUGCUCUCAGAAAAACCCGCUUUGUCCAAGUACGAGACGAAGAUUAAAGAGAUAGACAACAACAUAAUUUCGUACUCAAAAUCGAUCCUGUGCACGGUGCUGGUCGUCGUGGUCCUUCGCGUCUUGUUUUGAUACAAUACGAUCUAAUUUUUUAAAACUAUUAUAUUAUAAGAUUUCUAUGUUGUCCAUUUAUAUAUUAUAGUAUUACUUACGUACGAGUAAGGUUUUCCACCAACCGGUUGAGAGAUUAUCGAUUUUCAAAAGCAUUCGUCAUAAUUUAAACGGAUGUUUUUGAAAAUCGAUCGUCUAUGGACCCGCGGUAAACGUUACUCGUUCGUAUCGAGUGAUGAUAAUAAUAAUUUACUUCGCAUCCUAGAGAUCAAAACUCUUUAUUCACAUUAUGUUAUACGUAAAUUCGUUGUGAUUUUUUUUCCAACUACCUACUGAUGAUUUAUAUUUUACUGUUUAAUUAAUUUCAUAAUAUUUUUUUACACCGUUUAGUUAACACAAUAAUUAUUAUUACUACUAUACCAUAUUGCUGCAAGUCCAUUAUUCAACCAAAUAAAUUAUUGAAAUCUCAACUGCAGUCAAUUUAAGUUAAAUUAUCGUCACUUUCAUUUAUUAUUAUUAUUUGCUAUUUACGUACUAUGGGUAUUAUUUAUGUACUAUAUAUUUUUUACAAUGCGAGUUAUUUUUAUUUUUAUUUGAAUUAUUGUACUAUUUUUGAUAUAUUAUCGUUACGAUUGAAAACUGAUUUUUCGUCAUAAGUGAAUUGCAUAUUAUAAAUGUUAUAAGUACAGGAUUUCAGUUUUAAUUACAAAAAAAAAUCUUGAACGAGUGUUUUAUAUGUUUGUUGUUAAUUUAUUUUUUUGUAGUUAAUUCACGUGUUCCUGUAUGUAUAACGUAAGCUUAAAAAAUUGUUUUUCACUGUACCAUUAUUGUAUUACAUAUUAUUAUACUAUUUAUUUGAUUGUCGAUUAUUACAAAAUCACUCAUAAAUACUAAUAUAUUAUACUUGACGAGUUAAAUGUCCAUACUCUCAUGAGAAUUGAUUUAUUAUAACAUUUAAAGUUAAGAAAUUUAUUUUAUAUUAAUCACAU